AUGGCGGCACGACUCAGACGGAACAUCCUCACAACCUCAUCAUCAGACAGCUCGUCCAAACAAACCAUUUUGGUGCGUCCUACUAGCCAUCAUCCGCCUGGGGUGUUCAAAGGUCUGCCUAAGAGUCAAUUAUUGAGAGUGAGACGUAUCACUUCCAAUGAUGCACUCUUUGAUUUGGAAGCCACUAAAGUAGUGGAGAAAUUUGCAGACAAGGGCUACAAUAGAGGCAAUUUACUGCAGUUAAGCAAUUAUCUAAAAAAUGAGUUAAAAUAUUCAUCUGGAAAGAACAUUUUCUUCAGUGAGAAUGGCGACCCUUCUGCCAACUUUGAUAUUGUCAACUGGCUCAUCUAUCCAAAUAACACAGUUAGAAAAAAUCAUUUGGGUACAUUUGUUCCAGCAUCGCCUUCAAGUGCUCAACAGUUUAUCAUAAAUGAUGGAGUAUUAUCUUGGAAUCCAUUUUUCAAUCAGUCUCCCCGGUCAGUGUGCAGUGAACCUUGUCUGCCUGGUUUUCAUAAAUCCCUUCAGAAUGGAAAACCACCGUGUUGCUUUGAUUGUGUUCAGUGUUCCAAGGGAGAAAUAUCCAAUUUAUCAGAUGCUGAGCAUUGUGUGAAGUGCCCUGAAGAUCACUGGUCUCAUCCUAGCAAAAAUCUCUGUAUCAAAAGGACUAUAGAAUUCUUGUCCUACACAGAACCCUUGGGGACAUUAUUAACCACAAUUACUGUUACAUUUAGCAUAAUCACUACAACUGUUCUAUGGCUAUUUGUAAGGCAUCGGAACACUCCAAUAGUGAAAGCCAAUAAUUGCCAUCUCAGCUACAUCCUCCUUGUGUCAAUUAUACUUUCCUUGCUCUGCUCUUUUCUCUUCAUUGGGAGGCCUACAUCAUUGACCUGCCUUUUAAGACAAAUUAUAUUAGUGUUUAUGUUUAGCAUUUCUCUAUCUUCUCUUCUAGAAAAGACAGUAACCGUUAUUAUGGCUUUUAAUGCCACAAAACCAAGAAACAAGUUUAGGAAAUGGUUUGGCUCUAACACAUCAAUUAUUAUGAUAUUUAUUUGUUCUUCUGGGGAAUUUGUGAUUUGUAUUUGCUGGUUGGUAUGUGCUCCACCAUAUGUGCACUAUGACACCAAAUCAACAGUCAGCACAAUAACCCUGCAAUGUAGAGAACAGUCCAUCAUGGCAUUUAGUCUUGCCAUAUCCUAUGUUGGUAGUUUAGCUAUUUCUUGCUUUAUUGUUGCCUUCCUAGCAAGAAAAUUACCAGACAGAUUUAAUGAAGCCAAACACAUCUCCUUUAGCAUGUUAGUAUUUUGUUGUGUCUGGGUGUCCUUUAUACCUACAUAUUUAAGUGCCAAGGGCAAAUAUAUGGUGGCUGUGGAGAUAUUCACCAUCCUGGCAUCCAAUGCUGGGCUUAUACUCUGUAUAUUUCUGCCAAAAUGUCACAUUAUAAUUCUAGAGCCUGAACUUAAUACCAAUAAUCACUGGAGACAGAGAUGUAUAAACAAAUAACACUUUAUUUUGAAGCACUGAUCUUUACUUAUGGAGAAUAUAUUUAACUUGACAAUUUUUAGCACAGUAACUUCCACACAGUUGUAGCUUCUUGCUCUCCAGACAGAACUCAUGACCAACCUUUCCCUGAAAAGACAGCUGUCCCUUGCCAAAGCACCUUAUCUUCCUUCUCCUUAUAUAUGGAUUAUAUAUGGCUUUACUGAAUAAAGCUUAUGAACCAGACAUGAACUAACAAAUAAAAACAAGGAAACUGGAAAAAAUGUAAAUAACA